AUGGACGCCGUGCUGCCCGCACCCCAGGCCGAGGUGCUGGAGGAUGUGCUGCGUGAGCAGUUCGGACCGCUACCGCGGCUGGCCGCCAUCUGCCGGCUCAAGCGGCGGCCCUCGGGCGGCUACUCGUCCACGGAGGACCUGCAGCUGGUGCUGGAGCGGCGGCGCGUGGCCAACGCCAAGGAGCGCGAGCGGAUAAAAAACCUCAACCGUGGUUUUGCCAAACUGAAGGCACUUGUGCCAUUUCUCCCCCAGAGCAGGAAGCCUAGCAAAGUUGAUAUUCUGAAAGGUGCGACUGAAUACAUACAGAUUCUCAGUGAUGUUUUGGAAGGAGCCAACGACUUGGAGAAGCAAGACUCAGAUGAGCAGAACUAUAGCAAAAAUACUUCAGAACCACCCAUAUCCUUGGCUAGAGAGCUAUCAAGAAAUGUUACCCAGCAUACCAGCUGUGCCAUCGUCAGCUUGAAGAGUGAGGAGGAAGGGCCCUGGGCAGAUGGUGGCAGUGGUGAGCCAGUGUACGCUUGUCGCCACAGCAUGACGUCCACAGCUGGAGCUACCUGCCCGACCAGAAGUCUGGGUAGAUUCCCAGAAGUAGAACUCCUGAGUCACAGGUAG